AUGCUGCCUUCGCAAGAAGCCUCAAAGAUCUACCAUGAGAAUUACAUGAGGAAUUCCAGAACAAUCGGGGUGUUGUGGGCGAUAUUCACAAUAUGCUUCGCGAUUAUCAACGUGGUGGUCUUCAUUCAGCCUUACUGGAUCGGCGACAGCUUGAGCACGCCACAAGCGGGCCACUUUGGCUUAUUUCAUUACUGUAUCGGGGCCGGCUCCCCGAGCAAGGAGAUGGCCUGCCAGGGAAGCAUGUCUGACUUCGCCUCCAUACCGUCGGGCGCCUUCAAAGCGGCGUCUUUCUUCGUGUUGCUGUCCAUGGUGCUCAUUCUCAGCUGCAUCGCCUGCAUGGCGCUUUUCUUCUUCUGCAAUAUCGCUACUGUCUACAAGACGUGCGCCUGGAUGCAGCUGCUCUGUGCCGUGUGCCUGGUGUUUGGCUGCAUCAUCUUCCCGGACGGCUGGGACGCGGAGGUGGUGCGGGACCUGUGUGGGGAGGAGACGGGCAAGUACACCCUGGGCAGGUGCUCGGUGCGCUGGGCUUACAUCCUGGCCAUCAUCGGCAUCCUGGACGCCCUCAUCCUCUCAUUCCUCGCCUUCGUGCUGGGUAACAGACAGAGCGACUUCUUCUUUGAGGAGGUCCGAACUGACAACAAAGAUUGAGGUGCCG